AUGAUAAUUCAUUUUGAUUCUUCAUAGUAAGAUGAGGUUAGUUCACCAUCAAUAAAACCAUCUGAAAGUGAAGGAGAUAAUGGAUUUCCUUUAACAAAAACAAUAAAGAAUAUGCUUUAUGUUUAUGGUGAUUAAAAAAAGUCUGAGGUGCAUAAUUUGGCACAUUUAUAAAUUUAGGAAUUGAUAUCAGAUAUCUUUUAACCAUAAAUAUUACAUGCUUUAUAUUCUGUUGCUCCAAAGCCAUGGGAAGAGAUUGGAGCAGAUAUAAAAUUCGAAUUUCCUCAACCGCUGACAAAGAACAAGAGAAUACUCUAGAAUUAUUUAAAUAGUGUUUUUAAAGAAUUUGUGAGUUUAUUUUAGAGAUUGUCAAGAAUUUCAAAAAGAUUAAAGAAACAUGCAUCAGAAGUGAAUUAAGAUAAUAAUAUUGAUUAUGAAACAACAUUAAGAAAUAAAGCUUAGAAAGAUGGGAUUUUAAUAUACGAAGAACAAUAUUCAUAAUAAGAAGAUUCAGUAUCAAAUUCUUCAAUAGCAUCAGAAUCUCCACAUGAAGUAUGGGAAGAAUAUAUGAAAGCUAGAGUAGAAUAGAUGCCUUCUUAAGAAUUUAUAAAAUUUAUGGAAUUAAGAUCAUAAACAUUUAUUCAUCAUAAGGGAUUUAAGUAAUUUAUUGAUCCUCAUAAUUAUGGUCAAAACUUUAUAGAAUGUAUAAAUCUAAAAUUUUUGAAUUAUUGUUUAUGUAGAGUAAUUAAACGUAUAAUAUAGAAAGUAAUGUAAUUUGAAUAGCCAUAAAAAUAAGUAUUUUAGUUGUCUGAAGAUAAUCUAAAGAAGUAUGGUUAUUAAAUAAUAGAAACUUAUAAAAUAAGAGCUAAGAAAUAUGCUUUAUAAGAUUAGAAAUUAAAUUAAAUGGCCUACAAAUUAUUUUUAUUAGAAUUCUGUACUUAAGGUUAUGAUGCAUAUUUUUAAUCGAAAUGGAUAUUAAAGAAGAACGGAUAACUAUCUAGUAAUUAAGAAGUGAGAGCUUAAGAAGAAUGGGAAAAGAUGGGCAAUAUUAAAUAGAAAUGGAUAGAUAGAGUAAGAGCAGAAAAAUAAGUUAGAUAAAAGUUAGUAAAAUAAAAAGAAAUAAUUCCAAAUAGUCCUUAUUCAAAAAUCUUAUUAUAAAGAGUAGGUAAUAAAACAUAUGAAUAAGCUAAAAGUGAAUUUUCAACUAUUUUUAAAGAAUGGUUUAUUCAUUUAAAAAGAGUAACAGAAGAAAUUGAUAGUAUAUAUGAUUGA